AAGAGCAGACACAGGAAUUCAGAUAAGAAUAUUUAGAGACAAAUGAAGAGUUUGCAUUUGUUUUGAAAUUUGUAACUUUUAACCAAACUUGGGUUAUGAAGUUCAUCCAAAAUCAGGGUUUCCAGAAACCUCCUCUUUGGACCCUGAUGUAACCAGCACCUGUUUGGAUAUUUUCACUGACUUAAAAGCAAGCAACUGUUGAGAAGCUGCACAGCAGUGCAAAAGGGCCACUGGAUUUUUUUUAGAGACUGACCUUGGACGGACCAUGGAGGGGUAUGGUUAUGAGCACUUUGGUGCAGAUGGUGCGAAGGAGAGCCAGCAGGUGGAUUAUCGGAGAAUUGUGGGAGACACUCAGCCUCCACGUACAAGUGUUUCAUUUCGGGAAGGUGAACAUUAUGUCCGGCAAACCUCACAUGGACAUGAAACUGCAGCCCAAAGAUACAGCGCCACACGCAUCCAAGCUGGUCUAGGCCCAGAGAGCAUGGCGGAUUACCUAAUCAGCGGUGGCACAGGCUAUGUCCCUGAAGACGGACUCUCGGCUCAGCAGCUCUUCUCGAUUGGAGAUGGCCUUACAUACAACAGAUCUGACCAACAGUGCGUUGUCUCCGAUGGUCAUACGGCUGAAGAGCUAUGCUCUAAAGGAGAUGGGUUGACUUACAAUGACUUCCUGAUCUUACCCGGCUUCAUCGAUUUCACCUCAGACGAAGUGGACCUGACAUCAGCACUGACCAGGAAGAUCACAUUGAAGACCCCUCUCAUCUCCUCCCCCAUGGACACGGUCACAGAGUCAGCCAUGGCGAUUGCAAUGGCGCUUAUGGGAGGCAUUGGCAUCAUUCACCAUAACUGCACACCAGAAUUUCAAGCCAAUGAGGUCCGCAAGGUUAAGAGGUUUGAGCAGGGUUUUAUCACAGACCCGGUGGUGAUGAGUCCGCGCCACACAGUCGGGGAUGUGUUCGAGGCCAAAGUAAGACAUGGCUUCUCUGGUAUUCCUGUCACAGAGACAGGCAAAAUGGGCAGCAAACUGGUGGGCAUCGUCACCUCCAGAGAUAUCGACUUCCUUUCUGAGAAAGACCACAACAAACCUCUGGAGGAGGCUAUGACGAAGAGAGAGGAGCUGGUAGUGGCCCCAGCCGGUGUUACACUGAAAGAAGCCAACGAUAUUCUGCAGCGCAGUAAAAAAGGCAAGCUUCCCAUCGUAAAUAACAACGACGAGCUGGUGGCCAUCAUUGCCAGGACAGAUCUGAAGAAGAACAGGGACUACCCGCUGGCCUCCAAAGACUCGCGCAAACAGCUGCUGUGUGGCGCCGCCAUCGGCACCAGGGAGGACGAAUGCUUGGAUUCUGGUCGAUAAAUUGUUGUACUAAAAUCAUGACUGUUUUUGCGUCUCCAGGACUCUUCACAGGGCAACUCGGUGUAUCAAAUCAACAUGAUAAAUUAUAUUAAACAGAAAUAUCCGGACUUGCAAGUGGCAGGAGGAAAUGUUGUUACAGCAGCCCAGGCCAAGAAUCUGAUCGAUGCCGGUGUCGAUGCUCUGAGAGUCGGCAUGGGCUGCGGCUCCAUCUGCAUCACACAGGAAGUCAUGGCGUGCGGGCGGCCCCAGGGGACAUCGGUGUACAAGGUUGCAGAGUACGCCAGGCGCUUCGGGGUGCCAGUCAUUGCUGACGGCGGCAUUCAGACCGUGGGCCAUGUGGUGAAGGCUCUGUCUCUUGGAGCGUCGACCGUUAUGAUGGGCUCGUUGCUAGCGGCAACCACCGAGGCUCCAGGGGAGUACUUCUUCUCAGAUGGCGUGCGGCUGAAAAAGUACCGCGGUAUGGGCUCCCUGGACGCUAUGGAGAAGAGCACCAGCAGCCAGAAACGCUAUUUCAGUGAGGGCGACAAGGUGAAGGUAGCCCAAGGCGUGUCAGGCUCGGUCCAGGACAAGGGCUCCAUCCACAAGUUUGUACCUUACCUGAUAGCUGGUAUCCAACAUGGCUGCCAGGACAUCGGGGCCAAGAGUCUGUCUGUUCUCCGUUCCAUGAUGUAUUCUGGAGAGCUGAAAUUCGAGAAGAGGACCAUGUCUGCACAGGUGGAGGGAGGAGUUCAUGGUCUCCAUUCUUAUGAGAAGCGGCUUUACUGAGCGGUGGGCACAGGGUGCGGAUCAGCAGUGCACGUUGACAUACCCAAUCUAACAGUGACCAAAUGUUAAAACCGCCACUUCUGCUAAAAAAACAAACAAA